AUGGCUAAACUACCCAUUCGUCAAAUUUCCUUUGACGAGCACAACCAUGAUGGAAGACUUGUUCAAGACCCAGCUAGUUGGGCCAUUGUUGAAGUUCCAGUGGCUUCAUUGGUUACCCAGGUUUGGGAAACCAUCAUUUGUUUCCCUGAAGAAGUUGAAUACCUUUGGAGGGUGGCUGAUGCCAGAGGAAAACUGGGGGGUGUAAAAGUACUAUACAUUUGUUCUCGAUAUUUAAUGCUGUUGGGUCAAGUGGCGAAUCAAGUGUUUUCCGUCAGGUUUUUUGGCUAUGCACCAAAAGAUCAAGCCCUGUGUAAGGAGGCAUUAAUCUCACAAGCCAUUUUUACUCAGUUGGGAAUCUUCUUGAUGGAGGCGGUCAUGAUGUUAAGAGUCUUUGCGCUUUAUAAUAAAAACCCCAGAAUCAAAUGUUUUUUGUUGGGUAUUUUUGCGACUUCAAUUGGGUUGGAAUUAUGCGGUAGUGGAGAUUUUAUCCGCAUUACUACAAGUGCGUCUGGAUGCACCCCUAAGGGUAUAAAGAACGUGAGUAUAUACUAUUUCUGUGCUGGUGUCAUGUUAGGGCAGAGCGUGCUCGUCGUAGCUAUGCUCAUUGGAUUAAUUUUAAGGCACCGCUCAGGGAAAUCACGAACACCGCUUGUGGCCAUGCUCCUGAAUCAGGGUCUGGCAACUUUUGUCCUCGUCUUUGCUCUUAUGUCCAGUAUGAUAAUUUCUAACCUUUUCCCUGAUCUUGUCGAGGGACUGCACAGCGGAUAUGCUGUGAUGUUGGGACGCUUCAUUGAUUUCCAGACUUGUCGACUCGUGCUUCAAAUGUGGAAACUAAGAAUAUCCGAAACCACUAUGGUCAGCCCACAAGGGGAAGAUUUCGAGCCGAGCAGCUCCAUAGUUCUAACAAGUGUUGUGCCCGAAUCCCAGUAUUAA